GCCGUUUUGACACUGAUUAUUUUGGUAUCCCCGAGAACAUACCGUAAAAGCUUGUGUUACGGGGGCUGCCGAGAGUCCUAACAAGGCGUACAGUCAUCUAGAUUGUGUUGAGACAGCUGACAGAUACACACGAAUCCUCGACAGCAGCCACUAAACAAGGCUGAUGAUACAAGUAGCUGCUGGCUAAUGUCGACGGUAGCCAGCCAGCGAGCGAGCUUAGCUUAGCUACGUGGACACGGAUAGUUAACUCGUGUCACCUGCAUUUCACCAGACAAACAAGCGAAAUACAGCGAGGAAAACACUUGUCAUCGACAGUUUUACGAGUCAGUAAGGUUGUCUGUGGAGAUCAACACUGCUACGGUUGUAUGCCCAGUGUUGCUGUUGAGCUUGGUGGCAGACAGUGCCCAUCAAGUUGGCACUGGGACAGGGAGCCCACGAUGAGAGCACUAUCCCUGGGUACUUGCUGGCCAGCGUAGGUGCAGAUAUGCCCCGGUGGUCCGCAUCCUGAUGGACCGAGACACCUUCUCCCACAUCCGUCUGUGGUGCCCGCGCCCCUUUGGCACCUACUCCCAGAACAAAGCAAGGAGCCCAGGCUCAGGGGGCAGCGGCGGAGGGGGCGGUGGGGCAGGGUCCCCGUCUCUCUGCAAGGCGGAGCCCUCUCCAGGUGCCAGAAGGACAGUGGAUGGAACCGAAGAUGGAGGGAUGAUCGUGGGGGUGCAGGAACAGAAUGGAGAAGAGGAGGAGGAUGUGGGCUCGGAGAACACUCCACCUGAACCCGAGCUUGUCUCCAGCUCUUUGACGCAGAGCCAGGCCCCUCCAUCCUCUUCGGCCCCUCCAUCACCACCCUCCUCUGGGUCUCAGAUGGAAGAUGGCCGGGUGCUGUUAGACACCUGGUACGUCAUUAAACCAGGAAACACCAAGGAGAAGAUUGCUUUCUUCGUGGCACACCAGUUCAGUGGAGCAGGCCAGCCCAGACCCAGCGCCAUGAAGGUUAAAGGUAACUGGGCAACUGACUGCAGCAAGGCCAAAAGACGGAGACGAUGCUCAUCCUACGAUCCUCCAACUCGCUCCCAAUCCUCAGAGCCACACCUUGGCCACGAGUCCUCCCUGGCACCCAACGCACCCCCCAGCCCCGAUGAGCCGUCACUAGGAGGGGUGAAUGAGACAGACUUACUGUCUGUGGCAGAGAUGGUCGCCUUGGUUGAGCAAAGGACAGCCAUGGCCCUCCAGGGGAUCGUGGCUGUCCACGGAAACCAACACCAGCCCCCUACUACCACUCAUGGCCAGGGCCUCACUCCCCACCAGCACACACUACUCCGAGGCACAGUAUCAGACCCCACUCCUAUCGUGUUUGUUUCUGAGAGUUCAAACGGCCAACCCUCCAAAGAGGCCAAAGAGUCAUCAUCUCCCAUCCAGACAGACCAGGAGCUGGAGGAGCAGCAGGAGUCAUGUAGGGUCGCUCAAGCCAUCGCACACUUCGAGUCCCAGAAUCUGGAAAAUCGGCUGCAUCUGGGCGCUAGUCCUGGAAUAGACUUUUCUAAUCAAGACGGAGAAAGGGAGCGUAGGAAAGGAGGGGAGUCUGGCAUUGUAACACCUCCUCCGCCCCCCAGCCACAGUCACGGUGAGGUGAGGAUAGCUUUCAGAGUGUCAAACCUGGACCCACGGUCUCAGCUGGAGCCAGCUGGCAGGUCCCGCUGUAUGUUUAUGAGCUGUGGUGGUGGGGGUAAUCAGGCAGCAGCCAGGUCCAAAGAGAAAAUCACCUGUGACCUCUACCAGCUCGUGAGUCCCUCCUCAAGAGACCCUAGUAGUCUGCUGCUUGCUGCCACAACAGCUGCCCCCAAAUCGGAAGGAGACCACCACCCAGACAGGCAGGCUUGUGGCAGCCCGGACCCAACCCAGGAGCUCUCCUCUGGGGAGAAGAAAGCUGUUUGUGUGGGGAGGGAGCGAGUCACCGGCUUUCAUGUGGAAGUGGUGGUGACGGGUGCUGUGGACCAAUGUGUAUUUUAUGGCAAGGACAGUACAGAGAAUGUGCAAGAGGAGACGGUGUGUUUUGCUAUGCCUAGUGGGGGAGGAGGUGGUGGGGGUGUGGGCAGCUCCACUGACCCUUCAUCAGAUGAUCCUCCUCCUGGACAGCUUUUCUUCCUUCAGCCCCCUCGGGGUGCAGAGGAGGAUGUAAAAGGAACGGGCACUGGCAGUGGGUCAGGAAUGUGCUCUUUGGACUGUGCCAACAACAACGGCCCUGGGGCAGGGGUGGCAGUGGGCUCAGGGGAGCGGACAACUCGACCAGACUCUCCCCUGGCCAACGUUGGGGAGGACUGCUCAGACCCUUCAUUGUGUCGCCUCUACCGCCACGUGUCCCAUGACUUCCUGGAGAUCCGCUUUCAGAUUCAGCGCCUCCUUGAACCACGCCAGUACAUGCUGCUGCUCCCCGACCACAUCAUGGUGAACAUCUUCAGUUACCUGCCCACGCGCUCCCUGGCAGCCCUCAAGUGCACCUGCCACUACUUCAAGGUGCUGAUAGAGACUUAUGGGGUGCGGGCAGUGGACUCACGCUGGAAUCAAGACCCUCUCUACAGGGACGACCCCUGCAAGCAGUGUAAGAGGCAAUAUGAGCGCGGGGAUGUUUCCCUGUGCCGUUGGCACCCCAAACCUUACCACCAUGACCUGCCUUAUGGACGUUCCUACUGGAUGUGUUGCCGGCGCACAGACAAAGACACACCAGGCUGUCGUGUUGGGCUCCAUGAUAACAAUUGGGUCCAACAGCCUGCUGAUGGCUCUCAGCCCAUCCGCACCAGGAGGGAGGACAGGAGGGAGGAGGCCAGGUAGAGAGGAAAAGAGUACACCUCACAUACCAACUCUCAUUUCCUCCUGCGUACUUCUUAUUCCCUCUCUUCUCAACUCAGUGGUUGAACAU